AUGGACGACUACGGCGCCUGGAACAACUUCUUCACCGAAUUCGGGACCCACUUCGUCAACACCUUGACUCUAGGUGGCAGGAUGAGCACCACUGUGACAAUGGAUUCGAAAGCAACGCGUAAACUGGAGGAAAAGAAUGUGGACGUCGCAAUGAUGGUGAAGGGGGAAUACGGCCCUGUUUCGGCGUCCGUGGAGGCGUCGGCCUCCUCGGACAAGUCGUCCAAAAAUGAGUUCAACGACGCCAAGAAGGAUUCUAAGACCAUCAUAAGCGGUGGCACCCCGCCCAAGUCUCGUGCCGACCCGGAACGCUUUAGGGAGUGGGCGGUCAGCGUACCGGACCACCCCGUGCCGGUCAAGUACACCUUGAAACCUCUCACCGAAGCCAGUCCCAAUUUGGACAAGUACACCUACGACAUCAUGGUCAACGAGUAUAUGGUUAAGGGAAAAGCCGCCGCCGAGGCACGCAAUGGCCACGGCGGAGACUCCGGAAAGCUCAAGACCGGAAAGCUCAAGCCUGGGCAGAAGAUCGCGCCUGGCACGACCGUCCUCACCAGCGGCGAUGAUGGUCUCAAGGAUACCGGUGGUAACAUGCUCCAACUGUUGAGGGACGGCCGCCUCGUCGUCAAGGACAAAUUCAACAACAUCCUCUGGGACUCGCUGUCCAUAGGCUGGGACUGGGACAUACCCCUGUCUGCCCCUGUCUGCCACUACAUACUGUCCGACAAAGAUGGAGACUGGGGCCCCAAGACAAUUCCCGGCUGUGAAACACCCCUCCCCGGCGCGUACACCCUCGAGUACCAGACCAACGGCAACUUGGAGAUAAAAAAUAAGACUGGCGAUCGUAUCUGGCAUUCGGUAACUGACAGUCUUACGUGCAGCCCCAAUGCCCCCCACCAUAUGAGGUUCGACGAUGGCCAGCUAUCCAUUUUCAAUAAUAAUCGCGAGAUAGUUUGGGACACCGCCACGUCAGGUGCGAAGAAGGCCAACGAGGACCAAUUCGGUCCUGGGGCAAACAAGUGCAUCACAAGUAAAAACUGUGUCACGAUUUAUGACGACGACGAUUUCGGGGGAAAUAAGUUGGAGUUAAAGCCCGGCAAUUACGACUGGCACUUUUUGGAUGAUGAUAAAGACUUGGACCAAGAUGUGAAUUCGUUCGAGUUUCCUGGUGGUGAUGACGCGCACCGCUGCUAUAUCUACAUGUGGGAGAAUGAUGGCUACACGGGGAGUAGCCAAGCCGUCACCAAGACGACGAAAAAAUGCGGUGAAGAAAAUUUAAGAAAGCACGUCGGACUGGCAGUUGUACACGAAAGUCUAUGGCCAUGUUCAGAAUUCCGUUAAGUCCGCGGGCUAUGUACAUGAUGAGAUUUUCUACAAUUCCAUCAUCAAGCCUGCAGUCGAGAAGCUGCGCGGAAACGGACACCACGGUUCUGGGUAGUUCGACGAACGCGCGUCAACUCGCAUACCCCCACGGUAUCUGGAAUAAUAAACAAAAAAAAACUCGCUC